AUGCUCAAUCACGCGUUCAACGGCUACAUGGAAUAUGCGUAUCCAAAGGACGAACUCAUGCCAAUGACAUGCAAGGGCAAGAACACAUGGGGAAAUUUUCGGCUUACUCUUAUCGACAGUCUGGACACGCUGCUUCUCACUGGUGAUUUACGUGGCUUUCGCAAAGUAGAAGAAAUCGUGAAGAGAAUGAAUUUCAAUAUCGACAAGAAUGUGUCUGUUUUUGAAACAAAUAUUCGCAUCGUUGGCGGACUUAUUUCAGCACAUCUUCUGUAUAAGAAGGCGAAGAUGCCAUUGCCAAAUGGCUGGCCUUGUAAAGGACCGCUAUUAGAUCUAGCGCUAGAUGUUGCGGAUCGGCUUUUACCAGCAUUCAACACAACAACUGGGAUGCCAUUUGGUUCUUUGAACUUGAGACAUGGAGUUGCAGCAGACGAGACGCCAAUAACUUGUACAGCUGCUGUAGGAACAUAUAUCGUAGAAUUCGGCACUCUGUCUCGCUUAUCUGGAGACCCAAAGUACGAACAGACGGCGAGGAGAGCUUUAGAAAGCCUCGUCAACUCAAGAUCAGCCAUCGGACUUCUUGGAAAUCAUAUUGACACGCAAACCGGUGUAUGGACUGCUACUGAUGCUGGCAUUGGAGCAGGCGUGGAUUCGAUUUUCGAAUAUCUCGUGAAAGGCUCGAUUCUGUUCAAUGAUCCUUCUUUGCUGGAGAAAUGGCGACUCCUCGAAACACCAAUCGAAACGUAUCUGAACAACGGCGACGACUUCUACAUCUGGGCAAAUAUGAAUUCUGGUGCAACAACGCAAAAAGUCGCUCAAAGUUUAGAUGGAUUUUUUCCCGGCAUGAAGACUCUUCUUGGCGAGGUUGAGCACGCGAUGAAAAUACAUUUGAAUUAUUAUAAUGUGUGGAAGCGGUUCGGUGGUUGGCCCGAGUUUUAUCAUGUCGAUAAGAAGCUUCCAAUCCAGGGCAGAGAAGGUUUUCCUCUUCGGCCUGAGUUUAUUGAAUCAACAUUGUAUCUCUAUCGUGCAACAAAAGAUCCAAUCCUCCUAGAGAUUGGUGAAGAGUUUCUUCACGCUAUCAACAAUACUGCUAGAACUGUAUGUGGAUUUGCCACUGUUGAUAAUGUGCUGACUGGUGCUAGAGCAGACAGGAUGGAGUCAUUUUUUAUUGCUGAGACGCUGAAAUAUUUGUAUUUAUUAUUCGAUGAAGAACACUGGCUUCAUCGAAACGAGCAUUUUGCUGAAAAACUGAGAGUUGAUGGCAAGGGCAUUUGCCUGUUUCAUAAAUCUCCUUGGAUUUUCAACACGGAAGCUCAUCCAAUCGAUCCAAGCGCUCUCGAAUGCUGCCAUGAAAGUAUUGAAGACGAGGAACUCGAGCAGUGGGUAGACGACCUCGACCUCAACGACCUUAUAGACUAUAAAACUUCUUCCAUGACUGACAGAUCCCAAUCAAAAUAUGUAGAUUCUGACGGUCAAUUCAAGUGCCAAAAAAUUCCCUUCUAUUUGAAACUAUCAGCUUGGGAAGGAGAAUAUAUGUCAGAUAAAGCGCAGUUGCCUGAAUUAACACCGACAAAUAGCUCUGAAUCGAAUGAUGAAGAAACUGAGCAAAACCCAGCAGCUAUAAGGAGGCUACAGCAAGAAGCAGCGGCAUUAAAUGGUGGCGGAAAUCCUUCAGAACGAAAGCUUUAUGCUCUUCUUGGACAAGAAAUGAAAAUUCUUAUUUCUGAUAAUCGUGUUCUUCUCGGACAAUUUGCAUGUACCGACAAAGACUUGAACAUAAUUCUACAGCACACAACAGAGUACCUCACAGAAGAAGAACUGAAAAAGGAAGAUGCAGGUCGAAAAGUUGGAAUCGUGAUGGUUAAAAAAGAGCACAUUAAAUCACUUCAAGUCAAGCAAUCUUCUUUGGAAAGGAUAAAAGAAUGGCAAACCGAGCAGCCUUCGCUUGACCUUUCUAUCACUGGAACCUCCGUUACUGCCGAGCAAGUCAGCCAGCUGGAAGCAGCCUAUGAGAACAAACUGAACAUAAAUCUUGUAGAUGAGAACUGA